AUGGCCAUCUGGAGAAUGCGACUUGGAGAUGAGAACGGCCCACUGCUUAUGAGGACAGCUGAUACCACCGUAGCUGUCUCCUUCUCCAACUGGACGGUGGGGUGGACUGGCUCUGGUGCCGAGAAUAACACAAUUUGGAAGCCAGAUUCUUGCCAAGACUGCCGUUGCCAUAGCAAUAUUGUCACCUGUGAACCUACUGUCUGCAAACACCCUUGGUGUGACUUUCAGAAGGGAGAAGUGCUCCAAAUAGCCCCCAACAAGUGCUGCCCUGAGUGUGUGUCCCGAGCUGAAGGAUUUUGCCAGCAUGAAGGACAGAUCCACAGCCACGGCACGCAGUGGGCCAGCUCUGGAUGUGUCCAGUGCUCCUGUGCCCAUGGGAAGGUGAACUGCACCCCCACGGCCUGCCCAGCCCUCACUUGUGGACGAGGAGAGCUGCAAUACACUGCUCAGGGAUCCUGCUGUCCCAAAUGUGUGGGCCGUGGCGAGCCUUGCUCCUUUGAUGGACGCUUGUUCCGGGAUGGUGAGGACUGGCGCCUUGGUCGGUGCUCCAAAUGCAUCUGCGGGGACGGCACGACGCAGUGCUUCACAGCUUCCUGCCAGCCUCUGCUGUGCGGCCAGGAUGAAGUUAUGGUUAUGUCUCCUGGAAAAUGCUGCCCAGAAUGCAUUCCAAAGCCCUGCUCGGUGUCAGGAAGAGUGUACCAGCAUGGCGAACAGUGGAAAAAAAAUACCUGCACUGCAUGUGCGUGUCACAGAGGAGAAGUCAGGUGUCUGAGAGAGACCUGUGACUCUGUUACCUGUGAGAAGGGGGAGAACAAAGUGCAGCGUCCUGGGAAGUGCUGUGAGGAGUGUGUGUCUUCCAAGGGAAACUGCUUGUAUGAUGGCACUAUCAGGUACCACAGUGAGAUGUGGAAUAGUACUGGCUGUGACUUCUGCGUGUGUGAUGAAGGGCAAGUCACUUGCCAGGAAGCAGAGUGUGCCAGAGUGGAGUGUGCCAAGGGUGAAGAAUUAAUUCACUUAGAUGGGAAGUGCUGUCCUGAAUGUAUUUUAAGUAAUAGUUACUGUGUUUACAAAGAACAUACCAAAGCUAACGGAGAGAAAUGGGAAGAAGGGCCGUGCGGAGAAUGCGAAUGCCGGGACGCAGAGGUGACCUGCUUCCAGCGCUCCUGCCCGCCCUGCCCGCUGGGCAGCCUGGCUGUGGAGGUGAAGGGUGACUGCUGCCCGCGCUGCGAGCCAGUUGAGUGCCACCCAGACUGUUUGACCUGCUCUCAGUCCUUUGAUCACUGUAACGCCUGCCGAGACACAAGGAGGCAGCUGCAGAAUGGGCGCUGUGUGCAGACGUGUGAAUCGGGCUUCUACCAGGAUGGGGGGACUUGCUUAGCCUGCAAUGAAACAUGCUCAGCCUGUACCAAUGGAUUUGAGUGCUCCUCGUGCCAGACAUCCCUGCUAAUGAAGAACGGGCAGUGUGUGACUUCGUGUGGGAAGGAAUACUUUCGGGAUCAGCUCCUCUGCACAGCUUGUCACGAGUCCUGUUCCUCAUGCUGGGGUGCUGCUGAGAACAAUUGUUUGUCCUGCAAAGACACAUCACGCGUGCUAAAAGCAGGGCUCUGCGUGGCCAGCUGUGGACAGGGAUUUUAUACAAAGGAUGGAAUCUGCAGCGCUUGUGACCAGUUCUGUGAAACAUGCUAUUCAGACCAACCCAGAUGUUUGACCUGUGCUUCAGAUAAGUUGUUACAUGAUGGGAAGUGCAUUUCAGAGUGCCCGGACGGAUAUUUCCCAAGUAGCAAUGGAAGAUGCAGAGCUUGUCAUGAUUCAUGCUCCACAUGUGAGGGACCUCUGGCCACUCACUGCACCUCCUGUUCCUUUCCUCUGGCGUUGCACCGGGGCCAGUGCCUGCUGGGCUGUGGAGAGGGUUUUUACCAGGAUCAUGACAUCUGCAAGGGUUGCCACCCAUCCUGCCGCACCUGCGUUGGCCCGGGGGCCUCUCAUUGCCUGCAGUGCAGGGCGCCAGAGGACGUACUGCAGCCUCACCAGCCCGUGGAAGGAGCUGUACAUGGCCUUUGCCUCUCUCGCUGCCAAGCCCGGUUCUACGUGGAUAGCACAGGAGUCUGCAAACAGUGCCACUCCUCCUGUGCAGGCUGUGUGGGGAACACUUCCCAGGACUGCAUGGCUUGUCUGUCUUCCCACGUCCUGCUUGAAGGCAGAUGCCUCUCUGAGUGCCCAGAGGGGCUGUUCAGCCACGAAGAUCACUGCUACUCCUGUCAUCCAUCCUGCAAGACAUGCCGUGGCCCUUCCGAUUUGGAGUGCUUAACCUGCCAUCCCCAUGCGACUCUAGCUAGUGGAAAGUGCAGGACUAGCUGCAAGGAAGAGCAGUAUCUGAACCUGGUGGGAUAUUGUGUGGACUGCCACCCUUUGUGCCGUCAGUGUGUGGCCAACCUGCGGGACACCGGCAGCAUCUGUCUGAAGUGCCAGAACGCCCGUCACUUGCUCCUGGGAGAUCACUGCGUUCCUGACUGUCCGGUGGGAUACUAUGCGGAGAAUGGUGCCUGCAAAAGGUGUCACCCCUCAUGUAAAACCUGCACCGGCGGGGGUCCUUCUUCCUGCUCUUCCUGCAACACCAGCCUGGUUCUCUCCCACACCAGCACGUGUGUGCCAGUCUGUUCCCCGGGAUACUACAGGGACGACAGGCAGACCUGCAGGCCUUGCAACAGCCAGUGCCUGAGCUGUGAAUCAGCCACUGGCUGCACGUCAUGCAGAGAUCCAGCUAAGGUCCUGUUAUUUGGAGAAUGCCAGUAUGAGAGCUGUGCUCAGCAGUAUUAUCUGGAUUUUUCCAGCAAGACUUGCAGAGAGUGUGACUGGAGCUGUAAUGCUUGUAAAGGUCCCCAGAGGACCGACUGCCUGCAGUGUAUGGAGGGCUACAUUCUCCAUGAAGGAGCUUGUGUGGAACAGUGCCCUGCAGCUUUCUACAAGGAAUCGGACACAUGCCAGAGGUGUGAUCAACACUGCCUUCAGUGUCGCCAACCAGAUGAGUGCAGCCUUUGUGAAGCCCCGUUUUUCCUCUUGGACACUUACUGUGUUCACAAAUGUGGGAAGCGAUAUUAUGCAGACCAUGCACAGCGGAAGUGCACAGCUUGUCCUCCUGGAUGCUUGGAGUGUGACAGCGACAGCCUGUGCCACCUCUGUGACAGCACCAUGUUUCUGAAAAAUAAGAUUUGUGUUUCUGCCUGUGGCCAGGGUUUCUAUGGCAAUACGUGGACCAGAGAGUGUGAAGAAGCCAGCAAGCAUCCCUCGAGCUUCCAUGUGAACGGUACCCUCACAGUAGGAAUUGGCGGGAUAAAGCCCCUAGACCUCUCCUUACUGGGUGUGCGCGGUCUGGAUGGUGACACAGGACAGCUCUUGUUCCAUAUCGAGAGCCCUCCCUCCAAUGGCAGGCUAGUGAUGGUGGUGAAUGGGAAAGAGGUGCAGCUGAGCAAAGGCGACCACUUCAGCUGCAAGGAUGUGAGGGAGAAGAGAGUCCGCUUUGUGCACAGCGAAGAGAAAUCCAGGAAAGGACAGUUUUCCCUGAAGGUCAGCGAUCAACGGUUCUUCUCUCAUCCUGAGGUGGUCAACAUUCAAGCAUUUUCAACACAGGCCCCAUAUGUGUUCAGAAAUGAGGCCCUCCUUGUCCACAGAGGGAAAAUGGGAACUAUAACAGAACUGUUGCUUGGUGUGAGAGACAGUGACAAUCCUCGGGACGUUGUGCUGACGGUUUUAGAGCCUCCACGUCACGGGCGGCUGACCGAACCUCCUGGAGACUCAGCUUCUGCAGUCCACAUAUUCCGCUUGGAUGACCUUGCCGGAGGACUGCUGCGUUAUGCUCACGAUGGCUCUGACACUCGGGAUGAUGCAGUUCUUUUGCAAGUGAAUGAUGGGUAUCACUUCCAGAACAUCCUGUUCCACAUUAAGAUUGCUCCCAAGAAUAACCGAAGCCCUCAGCUGGUGACAAAUUCCUUGGUCUGGGUGCCCCAGGGAGGCAUGCUACAGAUCUCCAAGACAAUUCUGCACGCCAAGCUACCCGGUGCCCGUGACUCGGAGAUAACCUACACCAUCAUCAAGGACCAGCCAAGACAUGGUGAAGUGGUGCUUCUGGUCCCAAUGCCGGCAGAUGGCCCAGCAGACUCGUGGCAGCUUUUGCCUGAUGGAAGAGCAGCCUCACCUACAGCCUCUUUUACCCAGCAGGACAUCAACGAAGGCAUUGUGUGGUACAGGCACUCUGGAUCCGAAGUAGAGAGUGACUCCUUCCAAUUCCAGGUGGCCAGCUCUGCCAGUCCACAAACCAGCUUGGAAAGCCACGUGUUCAACGUUGCUGUUCUCCCACAGUCACCCAGAGCACCUCAGCUUUCCCUCGGCUCCUCUUUGCACAUGGCUGUGCUGGAGGACCGUGUGACAGUGAUUGAGCCACAUCACCUCUCCUUUGUAGACCCGGAGAUUCCCAGUGAGAAAAUCCUGUUCAACGUGACUGUCCCUCUCCUUCCUGGCCAAGGUAUUGUGGAGCAUAGAGACAGGCCUCUCUCCCCAGUCAGGUAUUUCACCCAAGCAGAUAUAAACCACGGCAAGAUUGCUUAUCGUCCUCCGACUGCAGCUCCUCACUUGAGAGAGAUCAUUGCGUUCUCCUUUGCGGGUCUCCCAGAGUCAGUGAAAUUCCGAUUCACAGUGUCUGAUGGAGAACACACAACCCCGGAGAUGGUGUUUGUCAUUCAUUUGCUCUCUGCGGAGCAGCAGCCUCCAGUCUUCCAGAUCACAGCUCCGUUCCUGGAGGUCAGCCAGGGGGGCAAAGCCACCAUCGGGAUCCAGUUGGCCGUGAGCGACACGGAUACAGCUCCCGAGGGUCUUUUCUUUGAGCUGGUGAAACCUCCCCAUCAUGGCAUUGUGCUCAAGUACAGCGCAGGCGUGCAGGAGCGCAUGAGAGCAGGUGACACCUUCACCUACGAGGACGUCACUCGAAAUGCUCUGCAGUACGUGCAUGAUGGUUCAUCGGCAGCAGAGGACAGCAUGGAAAUCUCUGUCACCGACGGUGUCACCACAGUGACCACAGUGCUGAGGGUGGAAGUGUCCCUGCUGGAUAACAACGGUCCGCAGCUGGCCCCGGGCUGCUUGUUGGCAAUCACCGUGGCUAGUAAAAGCUCUGUGACUCUCUCUCGAUUGCACCUCGCUUAUAUUGACAACAAUUCUCCUGACUCAGAGAUAAGAAUCCAGUUAAUAUCUCUGCCUGCAUAUGGCACCCUCUUACGGAUGUCUGGCUCUCAUGAUGAAGAGCUUUCCAAGGUUUAUAAUUUCACCAUGGAAGACAUCAACAACCAGAGGAUCAGCUACUCCACCAUGUUUGAGACCAGCAAUCAGCCAGUUACGGACAUCUUCCACUUCACUGUUUUUGAUGCUGAUAACAACCGGCUUGACAGACAGAUGUUCACCGUCACUAUCACGUCUGCCCACACAAUGCCGUCGCUCAUUGCUUUUGCUGACCAUAUCACUGUGGAUGAGGGGGGCAGGAUCCCACUGCUGGCUCAUCACCACUUAGCUGCUGAUUACGAUACUGCUGCCAAGGAAGACCUGAGGGUCACAGUUAUCACUCUGCCUAUGUUUGGCUACAUUGAAAACACUAAGACAGGUGAGAGUUUUGGCCCACAGAGUGAGUCUGCUGUGACAGCAGACGCAUCCUUUUCCCUUCAAGAUGUUCUAGAGAACAGCAUUUACUACUUCCAGAGCGUCCAUGAAAGCAUCGAGCCAACAAGUGAUGUUUUCAGCUUUUACGUGAGCGAUGGCUUCAGCCAGUCUGAGGUGCAGAGCAUUAACAUCACAAUUCAGCGGCAGAACGAUGAGCCCCCAAAGAUGGUGCUGGACUCUGUCAGAGUGCACGAGGGCUCUGGUGUGGUCGUUACCAAUGCCUCCCUCAACUUGCAAGACUUGGACACCCAGAACAGUGAGCUUGUCAUCAUGGUUACCAAAAGUCCUGAACAUGGUCAUCUCCGCAGGAGGCAGACUGCUGCAGAGCCCCCGGAGCAUGGACGUGAGCUGUCCAUGGGCUCAUCCUUCACCUACCAGGACAUUUUGGAUGAGCUGAUCGUUUAUACUCAGAGCGGUGCAGCAGCACAAACAGACGAGUUUGGCUUCUCCAUCACGGAUGGUCUCUACACGCAGACGGGGAGGCUGGAGUUCUUCACGGAGCUGCCAAAGAAGCAGCCACCCACAUUAGCUGUCAACAGGGGCCUGCAGCUCCCAGUUGGCUCUGCAGCAUACCUCACAGAUCAGCACUUGAAAGCAGAAGCUAUUUAUUCAGAAGACACAACGAUUAGAUUUGUCAUGAAGAGGGAUCCCAGCAUCGGCCAUCUGCAGUUGACCAAAAUUGAUAAUCCAGUCCAGAUCUCUGUCGAAGGACCUGUCAAAAGUUUCACCCAGGCUGAUAUAAAUAAAGGGCAAGUGGUGUACAGUCACAAGAAAGGGGAUCCUGGUGGAAAUUUCGCCUUCACCUUUGAUGUGAUCGAUGCAGACGGCAACAAACUGACGGACCAGGUUUUUUAUAUUAGUGUAUUAGAGGACAGAUUUCCCCCCUCCAUCAUCGCUAACAAAGGGCUGGUCUUGGAUGAGAAUUCGGCGAAGACGAUCACAACCCUCCAGCUCUCUGCCACUGACCAGGACAGCGAGCCGACCCAGCUCCAGUACAAGCUCACCAAGCAGCCACAGCUGGGGCACCUGGAGCAUGCAGCCUCCCCAGGGACAAGAAUUAGUUCUUUCAGCCAGGCAGACUUGGCCGCUCGCAGCAUCCAGUAUGUCCACACCAGUGACAUUGAAAAGCAUACGGAUGCGUUCACCUUUACUGUUUCUGAUGGAACGAAUGAGGUGAGCCAAACGUUUGACAUCACCAUAAACCCUGUGGAUGACUCCUUACCCAUAGUGCAAAGCCUCGGGAUGACAGUUCAGGAAGGUGUGAGAAAAACCAUCACAGAGUUUAUGCUUAAAGCAACAGAUGCUGACACAGAGGCUGAGUCAAUUACGUUCACAGUCAUGCAGCCCCCUCGGCAUGGCCUGAUUGAAUGCACCAGCAAUGGACAGCGUUACCACCAAGCCACCACCUUCACGAUGGACGACAUCUACCAGAACCGCAUCAGCUACAGUCAUGAUGGUAGCAACUCGCUGAAGGAUCGCUUCACUUUCACUGUGUCUGAUGGGACCAAUCCCUUCUUCAUUAUGGAGGAUGGGGGGAAGAAGGUUGUGACAGCAGCACCGCAGCGCUUCAAAGUGGACAUUCUCUCUGUGGAUGAUGGGACACCCAGGGUCGUCACCAACCUGGGUUUACAGUGGCUGGAGUACAUGGAUGGCAAGGCAACCAAUCUAAUCACUAAGAAGGAAUUACUGACGACAGAUCCUGAUACAGAUGACAAACAGCUGGUCUAUGAGAUAACAACUGGUCCCAGAAAUGGUUAUGUGGAGAACAAGCUGAAACCAGGGACAACUGUGACCACCUUUACGCAGGAGGACGUGAACCAGGGCCUCAUUCGGUACGUGAUGCAUGAGGAGAAGGUUCAGGAGACCAUGGACAGCUUUCAGUUCCUAGUGAAGGACAGCAAACCCAAUGUGGUCAGUGGCAACGUCUUCCAUGUCCAGUGGUCACUCCUCAGCUUUACUUACACCAGCUACAAUGUCAGAGAGAGCGCAGGCUCUGUGAGCAUCACCGUGAGGCGGAUUGGUAACCUCAACCAGUACGCGAUUGUCUUGUGCCGCACAGAGCAGGGAACGGCCACCUCCAGCUCUGGUUCACAGCCGGGAGAGCAGGACUACGUGGAGUACGCGGGGCAGGUGCAGUUUGAGGAGCGGGAGGACACCAAGGCCUGCACCAUCACCAUUAACGAUGACAACGUCUUUGAGAGCAUGGAGACCUUUGCCGUGGAGCUCAGCAUGCCGGCUUAUGCUCUGCUGGGGAACGUCACCCGGGCCACGGUCACCAUCACUGACACAGAGGACGAGCCCACCCUGCAGUUUGACAGGAAAACAUACCACGUCAGCGAGAGCGCUGGUUUUCUCUCUGCUCCUGUUGAAAGGAAAGGGGAUACCAGCAGCACUGUGUCUGCCGUCUGCUACACUGUCCCCAAAUCAGCCAAGGGAAGCAGCCUUUAUAUGCUGGAAUCCGGCUCCGACUUCAAGUCCCGGGGGAUGGCGGAUGACAGCCGCGUUGUUUUUGGUCCGGGUGUCACCAUGACGACAUGUGACAUCAUGCUGAUCGAUGACAGUGAAUACGAAGAAGAAGAGGAGUUUGAGAUCGUAUUGGCCGAUGCCUCAGAUAAUGCACGCAUUGGCAGCCGGGCUUCAGCCAACGUCUUCAUCAGUGGACCCAACGAUGCCUCUACAGUGUUCCUGGGGAAUGCUACUUUCACCGUCAGUGAGGCUGCAGGAAGCAUUGAGAUUCCAGUCCUCCGACAGGGACCUGAUCUCUCAACCCCCAUCUCGGUGUGGUGUGCCACUCGGACGUCAGACCCUCCAUCUGCCAGCCCGGGAAUUGAUUACGUCCCCAGCUCCAGAAAAAUAGAGUUCAGGCCAGGCAAGACAGAAGAGUUCUGCACUCUGACAAUCCUGGACGAUGCGCAGUACCCGGUGAUAGAAGGGCUGGAGACAUUUGUUGUUUACCUCAGCUCACCCCAUGGAGCUGAGCUGACAAAGCCAUUCCAAGCGAUCGUGGCCAUUAAUGACAUCUUCCAAGACGUACCAAGCAUGCAGUUCACCAAGGAUGCAUACACAGUGAAGGAGAAGGAGGGUACUCUGCACAUCCCCAUCUUCCGCACCGGGGACCUGAGCUAUGAGUCCUCUGUCAGGUGCUACACACGGAGCCAGACAGCAGAGGUCACGGAGGACUUUGCAGAGAGGAGGAAUGCAGAGGAGUCUCGCAUCACUUUCUUGAAAGGGGAGAAGGUGAAGAACUGCAGCGUUUAUAUCAGUGAUGACUCUGCCUUUGAACCAGAAGAGCAGUUUCAGGUCUAUCUUGGUAGCCCACUUGGAAACCAUUGGAGUGGAGCUAGGAUUGGAAAGAUGGACAUGGCGACCAUAACUGUCACCAAUGACGAAGAUGCACCCACCAUUGAGUUUGAAGAAGCUGCGUACCAAGUAAGGGAGCCGCCUGGCCCGGAGGGUGUCGCUGUUAUAAAUGUCAAGGUCGUCCGGAGAGGGGAUCAGAACAGGACCUCAAAAGUCCGCUGUAGCACCCGCGAUGGCUCAGCUCAGGCCGGAGUGGAUUACUAUCCCAAGAGUCGAAUGCUCAAAUUCAGCCCAGGUGUGAACCACAUCAUAUUUAAGGUGGAGAUCAUGUCCAAUGAAGACCGGGAGUGGCACGAGUCCUUUUCUCUGGUGCUGGGUCCAGAUGAUCCGGUGGAAUCUGUUCUUGGAGAUAUCAGCACUGCAAUAGUGACUAUUUUGGAUCAGGAGGCAGCAGGGAGCCUGAUUCUACCAGCACCUCCCGUGGUCGUCACCCUGGCUGAUUAUGACCGUGUGGAAGAAGUGACCAAGGACGGUGCUAAGAAAUCCCCUUCCCCAGGCUAUCCGCUCAUCUGUGUCACUCCUUGUGACCCUCACUUCCCCAAGUACGCGGUCAUGAAGGAACGCUGCAGCGAGGCUGGCAUCAACCAGUCUUCGAUACAGUUCAGCUGGGAAGUAGCAACCCCCACGGAUGGGAAUGGAGCCAGGUCGCCUUUUGAAACCAUCACUGACAACACACCGUUCACUAGCGUCAACCAUAAGGUGCUGGACAGCAUUUACUUCAGCCGACGGUUCCACGUGCGCUGUGUGGCCAAGGCUGUGGACAAGGCUGGCCAUGUGGGGACCCCCCUGAGGAGCAACAUGGUUACCAUAGGCACAGACAGUGCCAUUUGUCACACUCCUGUGGUCGCAGGGACGGCCCGAGGUUUCCAGGCACAGUCAUUCAUUGCCACUCUGAAGUACCUGGAUGUCAAGCACAAGGAGCAUCCCAACAGAAUCCACAUCUCGGUGCAGAUCCCGCAUCAGGAUGGUAUGCUGCCCCUCAUCUCCACCCUGCCGCUGCACAACCUGCAUUUCCUUCUCUCCGAGUCUAUCUACAGGCACCAGCAUGUCUGCUCAAACCUGGUCACCGUUAGAGACCUCAGAGGCAUCUCAGAGGCAGGGUUUCUGGAUGAAGUGACCUACGACAGCAUCAUUCUCGGUCCUGGCUAUGACCGCCCUUACCAGUUUGACCCCACAGUGAGAGAGCCGAAGACGAUCCAGCUCUAUAAGCACCUCAACCUGAAGAGCUGCAUUUGGACUUUUGAUGCUUAUUACGACAUGACUGAAUUAAUUGAUGUCUGCGGAGGCUCUGUCACCGCUGACUUCCAGGUGCGGGACUCUGCUCAGUCCUUCUUAACAGUCCACGUCCCACUCUACGUGUCCUAUAUUUACGUGACGGCGCCGAGAGGUUGGGCUUCUCUUGAGCAUCACACAGAGAUGGAGUUCUCCUUUUUCUACGAUACUGUUCUCUGGAGGACGGGGAUUCAGACGGACAGCGUUCUCUCAGCCCGGCUGCAGAUAAUCAGGAUCUACAUCCGCGAGGAUGGCCGGCUGGUUAUCGAGUUCAAGACACAGGCCAAGUUCCGAGGGCUUUUUGUAAUGGAGCACCACAGCCUGCCAGAUGUCAAGUCUUUUUUAAUGACUCCAGACCACCUGGGAGGGAUCGAAUUUGACCUGCAGCUGCUGUGGAGCGCACAGACUUUCGACUCUCCCUACCAGCUCUGGAGAGCAACCAGCUCCUAUAACAGGAAGGACUACUCUGGAGAGUACACGAUCUUCUUAGUCCCCUGUACUGUGCAGCCCACGCAGCCGUGGGUAGAGCCUGGAGACAAGCCCCUGCCCUGCACGGCUCACGCUCCUGAGCGAUUUUUGAUCCCGAUUGCCUUCCAGCAGACAAACCGCCCAGUUCCUGUCGUCUACUCCCUAAACACGGAGUUUCAGCUCUGUAACAACGAGAAGGUGUUUCUGAUGGACCCCACCAAAUCCGAAAUGUCUCUGGCAGAAAUGGAUUACAAGGGGGCUUUUUCAAAGGGGCAAAUCCUGUACGGCCGCGUGCUCUGGAACCCCGAACAAAACCUAAAUGCUGCUUACAAACUGCAGCUGGAAAAAGUCUAUCUGUGUACGGGCAAGGAUGGCUACGUGCCUUUCUUUGACCCAACGGGCACCGUCUAUAACGAGGGGCCCCAGUAUGGCUGUAUUCAACCCAACAAGCACCUGAAACACCGAUUUCUCCUUUUGGACCGAAACCAACCAGAAGUGACGGAUAAGUAUUUCCACGAUGUGCCUUUCGAUGCCCACUUCGCUUCCGAACUGUCCGAGUUUCAUUCGGUAAGCAGCAUGCCCGGAGUCGAUGGAUUUACUCUCAAGGUGGAUGCUCUCUACAAGGUGGAAGCUGGACACCAGUGGUACCUCCAAGUCAUCUACGUAAUUGGCCCAGAGAGCAUGGCAGGGCCUCGCGUUCAGCGAUCCCUCACUCGCCGCUGGAAACGCGGCCGCAGGGACUUGGUCGAUAGCGACGGGAGGCUGAUGCUGGAUGACUCCUUAAUCUACGACAACGAGGGCGACCAGAUCAAGAACGGCACCAACAUGAAGUCGCUGAUCUUGGAGAGGGAGGAAGCCGCCGUCGCAGCCUCCUUAUCUCAAACGGGCGCUUCCCUGGGGAGCGCCUUCGCUGCCAUCGCCCUGCUGCUGCUGGUGCUUUCGGGAGUUUGCCUCCUCGCCAGGAAGUGUCGAAAGCUGCGGAGGAAGCGGGAGGCUGCCAGAGCCGCCCCGGAGGAGCAUCCCCUGAACACCAAGGUGGAGCUGGGGGGGGGGGGGGAGGCCCCCCCCAGCCGGUACUGCACCGUGAGGAACAUUAAUAUAUUGAGGGAAACCGGGGGCGUCUGCGAGGGGAAAGGCAGGAAGGUGAAGCAGGUGAACUUGGAAGUCAAAGCCCACAGCAAUUUGCACGACGGAACAGAAGUCUAAAGGAGCGCACACUUUGGUUUGGUAAAAGCCUUUUAUA